UAUUGCACAACAGGUCCUGGUUGGUGGUCGGCGCUGUUGUCUCUUCUCUCUGUUAUCAGCCAGCAGAUCCCCUCCCCCAUUCCUCCAGCUAUAAGGAUGUCCCCGGACAGGACUGAUGUGACUACAGGACUAUUACACAUCACCCUGGAGAUCAUCCGCCUGCUGACCGGAGAGGAUUAUACCAUAGUGAGGAAGACAUCGGGGGAGUCCGGAGGAUGGAGCAGGGGCCCAAACCCCAUCACAGACCCUCCACCUCACUCCAUGAUACAUGAGAGGAACAAGAAGAAGAUCCUAGAACUCAUCAACAAGAUGAUGGAGCUGCUGACUGGAGAGGAUUACACGAUGGUGAAGAAGACAUCAGGGGAGUCUGGAAGAUGGAUCAUGGGACCGAACCCCAUCACAGAGCCUUCUCUUUACUCCAUCAUUCAUGAGAAGAACAAUAAGAAAAUAAUCCUAGAACUUGCCAACAAGACGAUUGAGCUGCUGACUGGAGAGGUUCCUAUAAGGUGUCAGGAUGUGGCGGUCUAUUUCCCCAUGGAGGAGUGGGAGUAUGUAGAAGGACACAAGGAUCUGUACCAGGACAUUAUGGAGGAUCACCGGCCUCUCACAUCACAAGGAAAUCCCAGUAAUGAGGGAAACGUCAUGUUAUAUGUGAGUGAUAAAGGAGAAGAUGGAGAGAUCAUGGAGCGCUCCUCAGGAGAAGAUGGAGAGAUCAUGGAGCGCUCCUCAGGAGAAGAUGGAGAGAUCAUGGAGCGCUCCUCAGGAGAAGAUGGAGGGAUCAUGGAGCGCUCCUCAGGAGAAGAUGGAGAGAUCAUGGAGCGCUCCUCAGGAGAAGAUGGAGAGAUCAUGGAGCGCUCCUCAGGAGAAGAUGGAGAGAUCAUGGAGCGCUCCUCAGUAGAAGAUGGUGGGAUCAUGGAGCGCUCCUCAGUAGAAGAUGGUGGGAUCAUGGAGCGCUCCUUAGGAGAAGUUGGAGGGAUCAUGGAGCGCUCCACAGAGGAUGGAGAGAUCAUGAAGCGCUCCUUAGGAGAAGAUGUAGAGAUCAUUGAGCGCUCCUCAGUAGAAGAUGGUGGGAUCAUGGAGCGCUCCUCAGUAGAAGAUGGAGGGAUCAUGGAGCGCUCCUCAGGAGAAGAUGGAGGUAUCAUGGAGCGCUCCUCAGGAGAAGAUGGAGGGAUCAUUGAGCGCUCCUCAGGAGAAGAUGGAGGGAUCAUUGAGCGCUCCUCAGGAGAAGAUGGAGGGAUCAUGGAGCGCUCCUCAGGAGAAGACCUCCUUACCCCAAAUGUCCAUCCAGAUCUAUCACAUAAUAAUCCCCCUGAUCAUGGGGAAUUCUCUGAAAGAAUUCACACAGGAGAGAAGCCAUAUUCUUGUUCAGAAUGUGGAAAAUGUUUUACAAAAAAUUCAAAUCUUGUUAAACAUAAGAAAGGUCACAGAGUACAGAAGCUACAUUCAUGUUCAGAAUGUGGGAAAUGUUUUGCAUAUAAAUCAGAUUUUGUUAGACAUGAGAGAAUUCACACAGGAGAAAAGCCGUAUUCAUGUUCAGAAUGUGAGAAAUGUUUUGCAUAUAAAUCACAUCUUGUUAGACAUGGGAAAAGUCACACAGGAGAGAAGCCACAUUCAUGUUCAGAAAAUCCCAGUAAGAAUUCUGAGGGAAACGUCAUGUUAUCUGUGAGUGAUAAAGAAGAUGGAGGGAUCAUGGAGCGCUCCUCAGGAGAAGAUGGAGGGAUCAUGGAGCGCUCCUCAGGAGAAUAUGGAGGGAUCAUGGAGCGCUCCUCAGGAGAAUAUGGAGGGAUCAUGGAGCGCUCCUCAGGAGAAUAUGGAGAGAUUAUGGAGCGCUCCUCAGGAGAAGAUGGAGGGAUCAUGGAGCGCUCCUCAAGAGAAGAUGGUGGGAUCAUGGAGCGCUCCUCAGGAGAAGACCUCCUUACCUCCAGUGUCCAUCCAGAUCUAUCAUAUAAUAAUCCUCCCGAUCAUGGGGAACCUUCUCCUGACCGACCACACAUUGGCAGCACAAGGAAGGGUCAGAAAGGGGAGAAAAGGAUUACAUUUUAUGAAUGUGGGAAAGAAUUAAAAAAAAAAACAGCUCUUCUUGCACACCAAAAAAGUCACACAAGAAUGAAGCUGCAUGAGUGUUCAGAAUGUGGGAAACAUUUUUCAUAUAAAUCCGAACUCAUUACACAUGAGAGAAUUCACACAAGAGUGAAGCUGCUUUCAUGUUCAGAAUGCGGCAAAUGUUUUUCACGUAAAGCAUAUCUUGUUACACAUGAGAGAAGUCACACAGGAGAGAAGCCGUAUUCAUGUUCAGAAUGUGGGAAAUUUUUUACAACUAAAUCAUAUCUUGCCUUACACGAGAGAAUUCACACAGGAGAGAAGCCAAAUUCAUGUUCAGAAUGUGGGAAAUGUUUUAUAAAUAAAUCCUAUCUUGUUAUACAUCAGAGAAGUCACACAGGAGUGAAGCCAUACUCAUGCUCAGAAUGUGGAAAAUGCUUUAAACAAAAAUCAGAGCUUGUUAUACAUGAGGGAAGUCACACUGGAGUGAAGCCCUUUUCAUGUUUAGAAUGUGGGAAGUGUUUUAGAAGUAAACAAAAUCUUGUUCUACAUAAGAGAAUUCACACAGGAGAAAGGCCCUACGCAUGUUCAGAAUGUGGGAAAUGUUUUAGAAGUAAAUUUUGUCUUGUUGGACAUAAGAGAAUUCACACCGGAGAGAAGCCAUUUUCAUGUUCAGGAUGUGGGAAAUGUUUUGCAAGUAAAACAGAUCUCAUUAUACAUGAGAGAAUUCACACAGGAGAGAAGCCAUUUUCAUGUUCAGAAUGUGGGAAAUGCUUUACAACUAAAUCAUAUCUUGUUAUACAUAAGAGACGUCACACAUGUCGUCACAUAGACGUCAAAAUAACAAAUAACAAUAUACACACAUAAAGAAAUAUUAGAACUGGGGUAACGUAGCAAAACUUGAUGUUUCUAAGUUCUAUUUUGAUGAGGAACCAUACAAAAAAAUGUCAUAAUGAAACAAACAGAAGGGUCAUGUGACCAUUAUAGGUAAUAAAAGUAAUCAGUAUGUCAGGGUUUCCCAAACAGGGUGCCUCUAGCUAUGGCAAAACUACA